AUGUUAAAGAAUGAUAGAUUAGCUACCUUACAACCAACCUUACAUCCAACAUCUGAAGAGUUAGCUAUUGGAUCAGUUAGAUUUACUACUUUUGAUUUAGGUGGCCAUCAACAAGCUCGUAGAUUAUGGAAGGAUUAUUUCCCAGAAGUCAACGGUAUUGUCUUUUUAGUCGAUGCUGCUGAUGCAGAAAGAUUUGCUGAAUCUAAAGCUGAAUUGGAAAGUUUGUUCAAGAUCGAAGAAUUGAGUCAAGUUCCAUUUGUCAUUUUGGGUAACAAGAUUGAUGUUCCUACUGCCGUUGGUGAAAUGGAAUUGAAAAAUGCCCUUGGUUUAUACAAUACUACUGGUAAAGACACCGGUAAGUUACCAGAAGGUACUAGACCAAUUGAAGUCUUUAUGGUUUCUGUUGUCAUGAGAUCAGGUUACGGUGAGGCAUUCAAAUGGUUAUCCCAAUAUAUUUAG